AUGAAGCCAGGAAAGGUCAAGGCCUCUGCCGCGGGGCGCGCCCUGGAGAGUAGCGGCGACAGAAGCCUGGUGAAGGGACCAGUUAAAGCGAAGAAGACGCGUGCGUCGCCCUCCUCGCUCUCUUCCUUCAUGUCGCCUGCGCGGGAGCCCGUCACCACGGAGGAAAGCGACGCGUUUCUCUCUGCAGAGGAAGGCGAGACACGCGCGGAGCUCCGUCUGCAGAACCCGCCAGCGGGGAGAGAAACUGCGAUGAAUAAAAAAGAAAAGACGCGCGACGCAGACGCCAGCGAAGAGGACGCAGAAGACGAGGACGAGCACGAGUCCGGGGCGAGCGAAGAAGACGAGGCCGCCGCCGCAACCGUCUCGACGCACUCCGAGGACGAAGAUAGGAGUGAAGACGAACUAGACGACGAUGAGGAUGACGACGAAGACGAUGAUGAGGAUGACGAUGAAGACGAUGAUGAGCUCGAGGACGGAGAGGACGACGAUGAGGAUGAAGAAGAGCUCGAGGAGGAGGGAGAAGCUGCGGAGGAAGACGAAGCCGGAGAGGUAGAAGGCUCCGCCGAAGAAAACAAGUUCGCAGACGAGUUGGCGGCCGAGGAAGAAGAAGCACGUCGCGCGGCGGCGUCCGCCGCCAGAAGGCGCUCCUCUGUUUCGCCUGCAGCUGCUCAGUCCGGUCGAGGCACAGCGCCGGGCGGCGCAGGGCAGACAGCGAAGGCGGCGAAAUCAGAGAAGACGGAGAAGCCAGAUAAGGCGGGCGAGCGGACCAAGCUGAGGCGGUUCGAGAGACUCCUCGAGGUCCCCAACCCGAUGGAGGGGGACGACGAGCUCCUCUCCGACGAAGACGAAGACGAAAACCGGAUUGGAAACGUCCCGCUGUGGUGGUAUGAGAAGUACGAUCACAUAGGCUACGACAAGGAUGGUCAGAAGAUGGUCAAGCAGCUCUCGACGUCGGCGAUCGAUCGUCUCCUCGCCAAGGACGACCCUGACGGCUGGCGCACCAUCGUCGACGCGAAAAACAACAAAAAGUACAGGCUCACAGACACUGACCUCGAGAUUAUUCGCCGAAUCCGAUCGGGAGACUUCCCUGCGCCUGCGUUCAACGACGAGGAGAUCUUGGUUGAGUCCGAUCUCGAAGACAGCAUUUUCCCGAUGCACAACCGACCGGUUCCAAAGAGCCGAUUCCUGCCGUCGAAGCAUGAACAGAAGAAAAUCACGCACCUCGUGCGCCUGAUUCGCUCCGGGCAACUGCUGAGAGAUGCGCAACAGCGCCGCCAGCGCGAGGCGCCGGCUGUGUUCGAUCUUUGGGGUGCGAGCACCUAUGUGGAUCGCCGCGGCGACAAGAAGGCCAAGGGCGCGCCGCCGCCCCUUCCCGCCCCGAAACUCGCCCUCCCUGGACACGCGGAAAGCUACAAUCCGCCAGAGGAGUUCCUGUUCAACGACGAGGAGAAGAAGAAGUGGGCGGCGAUGGCACCCGAGAACCGGCCUCUCUCCUUCCUCCCGCAGAAGAGCUCUGCGCUCCGCCUCGUCGGCGCCUACAAAGACCUCCUUCUGGAACGAUUUAAUCGCUGUCUGGAUCUGUAUCUGUGCCCGCGCUCGCUGAAGAUGGCGAUGAACGUCGAUCCGGCUUCGCUGCUGCCGCAGCUCCCCUCGCCGAAAGACUUGCGGCCGUUCCCUACGCACCGGCGCGUGGACUACCUCCCGCUGUCGCUCUACGCGCAGUAUCAGCCGCGCCCGCUGCCGCUGCUCACCCUCUCGGCGGCGCGGAAGCAGGCGCUCGAAGCGCGCGCCGAGGCCGCCGGCGGGGCGUCGCGCGAAGCUGCGGCACCGACUGGGAAGUCUGGGGACGCGCACGCGCUCCUGGCGGCGUGCGUCGACGCCUCCGGUCAGUGGGUCGCGGUGGGCGGCGCGGACAAGACUCUGCGGGUCUCGGAGCUGCUCACGGGAAAGAGUUUCGUCUCAUUUCAGCUUCAGCAGGAAGUGACGGCGCUCGCCUUCCACCCGCGGCUGCCGAUCCUCGCCGCCGCGAUCGAAGACCAGCUCCUGCUCCUGCUUCUCGACUUGCCGCUGUUUGACCGACGGACUGUGGAGCAGCUCUCGCAGACGAAGACGGAGGCCGCCAGCGAAGCUCCGAAGAAAAAGCGCCUCGGGGGAGAAGGAGACCGCGCCUUUGCGGAGGACGAAGCCGACGCGAGCGACGACGAAGGCGACUCGCGGCGGAGCGACGUAGAGGAAGCCAAGGCUCUGCUCAGAGUCCUGCAGCAGACCGAAGAGGAGGAGGAGACGCCUGAGUCCGAGCCGGAGGACGAAGGCGAGGAGAAGGGCCUCGGCGAGAAGCGCAGGCAGCAGACGCUCAAGGGCGUCGGCGUGUGGAGACAGAUCAACGUGAAGGGCGUCGCCGCACCCGCAGAGGCCGGUAGCCUCCAGAGCGAGAAAAAGCGGGCGAAGGACGCGCCGCUCCUGCAGGUGUCUGUCUCCGAGGACGCCAAGGCGAAGAAAAACAAAAAGGCGGGGAAGGCGGCGGAGCGAGACGACGAAGAAUCCGUGAGCGCGCCGCUCGGCGGCAUCCUCUGCGGCAUCAGCAUCCUCCACGACUCAACCGUCCGCAGCCUUGCGUGGCAUGGAAAAGGCACUUACCUUAUUGCGAUGUGUCCCGGGAGCGCGUCGCCGUCUCAGCAGUGUUCGAUUCACAGCAUCGCGAAGCAGAAGACGAUUCACCCGAUUCGACGCGCGGCUGGCGGGCACAUGAAGGCUGCGGUCUUCCAUCCGACGAAGCCGUGGCUGGUCGUGGCCUACCACAAGGGCAUUCGGAUCUUUGACUUGCACAGCAACAAGAAGAUCGGUCCAAACGGAGGCAAGCAUCAGGCGCUUGUGCGAAAGCUCGUUGGGGCGGAAGCCAUUUCUUCGAUUGACGUCCACACAUCGGGCGAGCAGAUCGUCGCGGGAGCAGAGAAUCGCCGCCUGUACGUCUUCGACCUCGAGCUCUCGAGCCGAGUUUACAAGAUUCUCCGCAGCCACUCGGGCGCCAUCACUUGCGCCAGUCUCCACCCGACCUUUCCGCUCAUGUGCACGGCCUCUACAGACGGGACCGUACAAGUUUACCACUUCAAAGUUUUCAAUGACCUGGUCACGAAUCCUCUCAUCGUGCCUGUUCGCUCCCUCCGGGUAGUCGAGGAUCCGAAACAAAACGGCGGCGUUCUUUCUUGCAUGUGGCACCCCACGCAGCCGUGGCUCGUCACGGCGGAUCGCGCAGGGCAAUGCAGUCUCUGGACUUAA